UCGCCCGGGUGAAUCAAACAUGUCUCCGAGCUCCGUGAACGCGAAAACUUUUGAUAAACUAAACUAACCCGUGAAAUCGCUCGUUUAAAUCAUCGUGGCGUUAUAGUAGACUCUAUCCUGAGCUUGUGCAUAAAUCAACCACAGGUCACCCAAUAUGGACACAGACUCCAACAGCGACCUGGACGAGGAAUUCCCAGUGUUCCUCACCAAACCAAGGCGACCCCUAAGCCCCGCCCCUCUCCUCCGACAGCCAAUCAAAUCCUCAGCGCGCUCUGAUGUCAUGACCAUAAGCAGCGACUCUGAUGACGACACUCCGUACGUUCCCCUGGCUCUUCGUCUCAAACAGCAGCAGGAGGCGACGAGAGGUGUUCCCUCGUGUAUUCCAGAAAAAUCACCGAAUGGCUUUACUGAAAUACUCCAACAUCCAAACGGCCAGGUUGGUCAUAGUCCGCCCAAAUCCAAGGCUCCUACCAAAAGGACAGUGGAGGAGAUCCAGAAGUCCAAGGAGGAGGCACUGAGGAGGAAGCGGACUCGAGAGGGGAAGCAGAGGGAGCGAGAGGAGCAGAGGAGGGGCAGAGAGGAGGAGAGGGCCCAGAGGAAGGCCAUGGCAGACGCUGUGAAGGCACUGAGGCCAGAGGAGUGCAUCAAGUACAUGGUGGCAGUGGUGGACCCAGCUCUCCUGCAGCUGGAGGGUGGGGGGGCCCUGCUCUCGUCUCUCCAGGCUCUGGGCUGCACCUGUGCCAUCGAGAAGCAGCCCCUCCCUCGCAGUGUGGGCUGGAGGCGCAGGACUCCUGGUGCUCAGACUGCAGAUGGAGAUGGUGUACCAGAGAACGACGUGGUGAUCCAGAUGAACGUCGAUGACUUUAUCAGUCUGAGCCACAGCUACAUCCAGGAGGAGCGCACAGGCAGGGCGGAGUGUGGGCGGACCCUCACCUCAUGGGUACAGGAGCUGCAGAGGAGACACCCAGAGAAGGUCCUCAGCCUGGUGGUCCUGGGACUGGAGCAGUACUUCAGGUCACACAAGGCCCAGAGCCAGAAGAAGCUGAGAGAGGCAGUGAUGGGAGAGGAGCAGGGAGGAGCCAAGAGGAAGAAGAAGAACACAGCAGCCAAUCAUCUGCCAGAGCUCAGCCGAGUGGAGGUGGAGGAGGCUGUGGUCCACCUGCAGCUGCACACGGGCGUCUGCGUGCGCUUCCUCUCCACCUGGAAGGACUUCACCGAGCACGUCACCAUGGCAACCAAGGCCGUCGCCGAGGCACCUUUCAAGCGUGAGCGGGACAACAGCGGCUUCUCCUUCUACCUGGAGAGUGAGUGGGCGGGGGGGCAGAAGGUGGAGCGCAGUGGCAGGGGCCUCCUGCAGGUGUGGAGGAGACAGGUGCAGCAGCUCCACAGGGUCAGUGCGGACAUGGCAUCGGCCGUGCUCGCGUCCUACCCCUCGCCCAGGCUCCUCACACAGGCCUACAGCUCGUGCCGGACGGAGAAGGAGAAGGUGGCGCUGCUGUCGGAGCUCCAGAUCCGGCGCGGGGAGGGGGUGACGUCCACGGUGCGCAGAGUGGGCCCCGAGCUGUCCAAGCGUCUGUGUGUGCUCCUGACCAGCACUGACCCCGAGCAGACCCUGGGCUCCAGCGCCUAGAGCCACACGCUGAGGGGACGAGGUGGCCAUUUUGAGGACUAUAUUUUGUCUUAAAGGUCUACUGUGUAACUUUUCUAGUCAGUGUCUGCCACCUGCUUGUCUCCAUGGAGAUGUUACUGUUGAAUAUUCCAUUAGAUUCCAUUAAAUAUUGGUAUUAAACAUCUAUGUCCAUGUACACAAGCAGGCCAGGUUACAGGUAAGAUCUGUGGAAAGGCAACCCUGCUAGAAUAUAUGAUUUUCAAGGUAUUUUGGAGCAAUAAAACACCUCUAACUAAACAUAUGCUUAAGGUAAAUCUGUGUAUCAUUUGUUCAUUCAUUUUUCAAUGUAAAACCAAAAAUAAGGAAAUGAAAGAAAAACAAUUUUCUUCACUAUUAAUGGAAAAAAAAAGGAUAAUGAUUUGUUUUUUCAGUUUUUGAUUUUGAAAUGAAUAAUGGAAAAAAUGGAUUUCCUGUUUCCGUGACUUAAACUGCGAUGCCAGACUUUUGCACUGCAUACGGACUGAACCAGGACUAAACCAGGACUAAACCAGGACUAAACCAGGA